AUGGCAUUCAUAUGUUCCAUCAGCGGCGUGCAGCCGGAGGAGCCGUGCCUCAGCCGCACUGGUUACGUGUUUGAGAGGCGUCUAAUCGAGAAGCACCUCGAUGAGAAUCCUACCUGCCCAGCCACCGGCGAGCCGCUAACCGUGGCGGACUUAAUACCCAUUAAAUGUGACAAGACAGUGCAGCCGCGGCCGGCCUCGGCCAUGAGCAUCCCCGGCCUUCUCUCCCUUCUCCAAAGCGAGUGGGAUGCACUUGCCCUUGAGACGUACAAUCUGCGCACGUACACCAGCGACGUGCGGAAGCAACUCUGCCAGAGCCUGUAUGAGCAUGACGCAGCAACACGGGUGAUCGCGCGGCUGAUCAAGGAGCGCGACCGUGCUCUCCAGCAAGUUGAAACGCUCGAACAGCAGCUGCUCGAGUAUCGCGCCAACUACGAUGCUGGAGCCAUUGAGGUGGGUCUGGACGACGACAGCGUAGGCCGCAUUGAGGAACUCGCCAAGGCGUUGAUGGCGGAACGCAAGAAACGCGACGUGGGCGUCUUCACACGUGCGGACGAAAUCGCACAGUUUCGCCAGACAGGCGACUACAGGACGCACAGUUCUACCACGCCGGGGAUUCUUUCCGUCGCAUUAGAUGAGUUCGGCUACACGGGCGGGCGCCAUGCGUGCUUCACUGGUGGUGCCGACGGCAACGUGAUCUACUUUGACCUGGAAAGCGGCAGGACGCUUUCCAGGUUGGUUAGCCACAUGAAGGCCGUCAACUCCGUGGUCUCACACCCGUACUCUAACAUCGUAGUAUCGGGGUCCGACGACAAGACCGUGCGCAUGUGGCGGGCAGCCGACGACGGCGACCAUGAGUACAACUGUACUCACGUGGUGAAGAGCAGUAAGGCGCCAAUUACAAGUCUGUCGUUGCACGCUAGCGGCGAGUACAUCCUAGCCUGCUCCUCGGAUGGGUUCUGGCACCUGGUCGAACUGGAAUCCGGCCGCGUGGUUAGGGUAUGCCGAGACAUUCCCUCUGUUUGCUCAAGCGUCAAGUUCCACCCCGAUGGGUUGCUGGCGUGUGGUAGUGGCAUUGACGGGACAGUACAUAUUUGGGACCUUCGCACUCAGGAGAUUACCAGCAGCUUGAACGACGAAUCGGGAUCGCGCUUGAACUCUCUUGAUUUCAGCGAAAAUGGGUACCAUUUGGCCACAGUUUCUGAUGACGGACGACUUUCACUCUGGGAUUUGCGCAAAAGUGAAGCUUUUGCUUCCGUGGAUUGCAACGGGUCUCCCUCUGUAGUCAAGUUCGACCGCUCCGGUUUGACUUUGGCCGUAGGCUCCACAAAGGUCGAGCUCUACAGCCUCGUAGACAAGACUAAUGUGCUUUCCAGUGGCACAUUGGAGGGACACGACGGAUAUCUCACCGAUUUGGCUUUCGGCAACGACUCAAGUUUCAUUCUGACGACGUGCAGGGACAAAAGCCUGCGCGUGUUCUCCCAGUGA